AUGGCAAGCCACAGAGACCCUCGUUUUCUGCACAACCUGUCCUACCACCCGCGAUGGCAGCACGACUCAAUAAAAGUGAAGAGAAAAGGACACGUGCGGACAGUGGCUGCAAACAGUUGCAGUCCACAUAGUCUGUGUAAAUCAUCAUCAUCAUCAUCAUCAAAACCACACUUGCCAUCAGCCCCUUUGCAACACUCCAGGAGCUGUAGGAACUGGUUUCUUCUGCCCUUACUCAUGCUCUCAUUUCUGCCCUGUCAAGCCUGGUCAGCCACUUUCAAGGUGGCCCUGAUUGGACCCUGGACAUGUGACCUAUUAUACUCCAAAUCCCUCCCCGACUUGGCAGCCCGCCUCGCCACCGCCCGCAUAAACAAAAACCCCUACCUCAACAAAGGCUACUGGUAUGACUACACGCUGAUCAAUGAGGACUGCAAGUCAUCCCGUGCCCUAGCCCGCUUUGCCGAGCUUGAAGGUUAUGGUGCUGCUUUCCUGGGUCCCGCAAACCCAGGCUACUGCUCCUCAGCUGCUUUGUAUGCAAAAGAGUGGGAUGCUGGGCUUCUUUCCUGGGGUUGCCUCAAACCCAACAUGGAUAAAGGAGGGAUGUAUUCCACCUUUCUGCGGCCGCUGCCACUGUCCUCCCGUGUACUUUUUGCUGUGUUGCGGUACUUUAGUUGGGCCCAUGUGGCAAUAAUUUCAGAGGAGACGGAUGUGUGGGAAUCCACAGGACAGGAGCUGGCCUCAUCAUUGAGGGCCCUCGGCCUGCCUGUUAACCCCGUGGUCACUAUGGAGUCAGACAAGAGUGGGCCUUACAGAGCCCUGACAAAAGUGCGGGAAGCAGACCGGGUCAGAGUGGUCAUUAUGUGCAUGCCUUCUGUCCUGGUUGGUGGCGAAGCCCAGUACCAGCUCCUGACAACAGCCUUGGCCAUGCGUAUGAUUGACCGUGGCUAUGUAUUUAUCCCCUACGACACCCUCCUCUAUGCACUACCCUACAAGGAUGCACACUACUACAGGCUAGGCAAUGACACCAAGCUGCGGAAAGCAUUUGAUGGAGUCCUUACCAUCACUAUGGACUCUGGAGAACGCAAUUUCUAUGAGGCCUUCAGAGACGCUCAAGACAGCUAUGAAAUCCGCAGCAGCACCCCUCCAGAGCAGGUUUCUCCAUUCUUUGGCACCAUCUACAACAUGAUAUACUACACAGCCAUGGCUGCUGAGCAGGCCCGUUCAGAGGCUGGAGGCCGCUGGGUAACCGGCCAAAUCCUGGGUAACAGCAAGGGUGGCUUUGAAUUUGAAGGCUUCAAUCAGCCCCUGAUAGCCGGCAGGAACGGGGAAGGCAUGCAAGCUCGCUACGUAGUGCUGGACUACAGUGGCAUGGGUAGCUCUCUCUACUCCACUCACAUUCUGGAAGCCCCUCAUACAUAUGGCGGGAUCGGGAGCUUGAAAUACCUCGGACGUUCGAUCCAUUUUGCAGGCAGCACGCCCUACACUGACUCAGGCUGCUGGUUUAGCCCGUACUUUGCCUGCAGUGGAGGUCUGGAUACAGUCACUCUCCUCUUUAUGUUCCUUCUGUUUGCUGCAUUCAUGGGAUUUGGAGUUUACCUCUUACUUAAUUUCAAGAGAAUGGGCAAGGUGGGGUUCAGCUUUGGAGGUGGUGGCAGUGGAUCAACGAAGGUAGUCCUGACCCUGGACGACCUGGUCUUUAUCAACACACAAGUCAGCAAAAGGAAACUCAAUGAUGAAAGUAUCCUGAAAAGCCAGCUGGAUAUGAAGACACCUCACCACUCGGUGUCUGGUCGCAGCUACUUGGCCUCCACACCAGACAGCUCCAAUGUUGCUGUGUUUGAGGGUGACUGGGUUUGGUUAAAGAAAAGCCCUAGUGGAUCUGUAUCAGGUGUCAACAGCAGUACUGAGGAUGUCUUUAUCAAGCUCAGAGACAUGAGGCAUGAGAACCUGAAUCUGUUCCUGGGUCUGUUCUUUGACUCUGGGAUCUUUGGUGUUGUGACCGAGCACUGCACCAGGGGCAGCUUGGAGGACCUGCUUAGUAAUGAAGAUGUGCGUCUUGACUGGAUGUUUAAGUCGUCCCUGCUGAUGGAUCUGAUUCGAGGAAUGAAGUACUUGCACAACCGUGACAUCAUCCAUGGCCGGCUCAAAUCUCGUAACUGUGUGGUGGAUGGGCGCUUUGUGUUGAAGGUGACAGAUUAUGGAUUCAAUGAGAUUUUGAUUACCCAGAGCAUUGACGCUGAUGAGGAAAAGCCAGAGGAUCUGCUUUGGACGGCACCUGAGCUGCUGAGAGACUCCAGUCUGAGGAAGAGGGGCACUUAUUCUGGAGAUGUCUACAGCUUCGCCAUCAUCGGGCAGGAGAUCAUCUCUCGCUCUGCCCCUUUCUGCAUGCUGGAUAUGCCACCCAAGGAGAUCAUCAGCAAAGUCAAAGAGCCUCCUCCAUUGUGUCGGCCUGUCAUAUCGACGGAGGAGGCCCCAUUGGAGGUGAUACAGGUGAUGAAACAGGCAUGGGGUGAAGAGCCGGAGAAGAGGAUGACGUUUGAGGAGGUCUUCAAGCAGUUCAAGAGCAUCACCAAAGGAAAGAAGACUAACAUCAUUGACUCUAUGUUGCGCAUGUUGGAACAGUACUCCUCUAACCUGGAGGAUCUGAUUAGAGAGAGGACGGAGGAGCUGGAGGUGGAGAGGCAGAAGACUGACAAGCUGGUGGCUCAGAUGUUGCCCAAGUCUGUGGCCCAGGCGCUGAAGACAGGCAAGCCCGUCAAACCCGAGCAUUUCGGCGAGUGCACGCUGUACUUCAGUGACAUUGUGGGCUUCACUACCAUCUCAGCUCUCAGCGAGCCCAUCGAGGUGGUCGAUUUACUCAACGACCUCUACACACUCUUUGAUGCUAUCAUCGGACUGCAUGAUGUCUACAAGGUGGAAACUAUCGGAGAUGCCUACAUGGUAGCCUCUGGAGUCCCCAAUAGGAACGGCAACCGUCAUGCAGCUGAAAUGGCCAACAUGUGUCUUGACAUCCUCCACUGCAUUGGGACCUUCAAAAUGAGGCACAUGCCUGAACUGAAGGUCAGGAUCCGAAUUGGCCUGCACAGUGGCCCAGUGGUAGCAGGUGUAGUGGGUCUCACAAUGCCUCGGUACUGUUUGUUUGGAGACACCGUCAACACAGCAUCUCGAAUGGAGUCCACAGGGUUGCCUUACAGAAUCCAUGUCAACCAAAGCACAGUUGAUAUUCUGAACUUCUUGAACCUGGGAUACAAAAUUGCUUGCAGAGGCAUGACAGAGUUAAAGGGAAAAGGGGUAGAGAACACAUAUUGGUUGGUAGGGAAGGAGGAUUUCACCAAGCCGCUGCCAAUUCCUCCAGACCUUCAAGGGGGAAGCAAUCAUGGUAUCGCUUUAGAGGAGAUUCCUCCUGACAGAAGACAAAAAUUCCUGGAUCGACAGAAGAAGAUGGGCUAA